AUGCGAAAAUGGAAAUGUCCCUAUGGCAAGAAACGCCUCUGCUCCGCAAUUGAAACUUCCAUAUCAAGCCGACGUGUCCUUGAGCAUAAGAUGAGCACAUUUGAAGAUGAGAAGGAAAUGUACCAAUGCCUCCUGGGUCCUGCCUCGUCACGUGGAUUUGUCUCUAGCAAGAAAUACGAGGAGACUCUGCUGAUAGCAGCCAAAGUUCUCGCCAUGCAACACCGAAUUGAACUCCAGUGA